GUUUCGUCAUGAUUUUAUAAUUUAUUCUUGAUAACUAGAAUAUAUUAGUGACGAUAUACGGUGAACAAGUAUUAUAUUAAUUGCCAAAAAAGCCUCGGAGCGAGCCUAAUAUUUCUUCAGAACUUGCUAUCAAAAUGGCCGACAGCAAGAAACUUCCUGGUGUUCCAGAGACCAUCCUUAAAAGGAGAAAAACCUUAGAAGCAAUUAAAGCAGCACGUGCUGCCGCUAGAAUAAAGAACACUAAGCGCUUAAGAUUAAAGAGAAAAGAAAUCUUCAAGAGAGCUGAAAGUUAUGUUAAAGAAUACCGCACAAAAGAGCGCGAUGAAAUAAGAUUUAAGCGAAUUGCUCGAAAGCUUGGAAAUUUUCAUGUUCCAGCAGAGGCUAAACUUGCUUUUGUUAUUAGAAUUCGAGGUAUCAAUCAAGUUAGUCCAAAAGUUAAAAAGGCUCUUUAUCUGUUAAGACUUCGACAAAUAAAUAAUGGUGUUUUUGUUAAAUUGAACAAAUCGUCCAUUACUUUAUUAAGAUUAGUCGAGCCUUACAUUGCAUGGGGGUAUCCCAACUUAAAGAGUGUACGUGAGUUAAUUUACAAACGAGGUUAUGCCAAAGUCAAUGGCCAGCGAAUUCCCAUCACCGAUAACCAAAUAAUUGAGAAUGCUCUCGGCAAAGAAAACAUUAUAUGCGUGGAAGACCUCAUUCACCAAAUAUACACUGUUGGUGAACAUUUCAAAAAAGCAAACAAUUUCCUUUGGCCUUUCAAACUUAGUUGUCCAAAUGGAGGAAUGAGAAAAAAGACAAAUCAUUUUGUUGAAGGAGGUGAUCAUGGAAACCGUGAAGAUUUUAUUAACAAUUUGAUCAGAAAGAUGAAUUAACUAAAUUAAAAAUUGUCGGUCAUA